UCACACCGGUACACACUCACUGCGAGUCACACCGGUGCACACUCACUACGAGUCACACCACUACACACUCACUACGAGUCACACCAGUACACACUCACUACGAGUCACACCACUACACACUCACUAAGAGUCACACCACUACACACUCAGUACGAGUCACACCACUCACACGAGUACACACUCACUCACACCACUACACACUCAGUACGAGUUACACCAGUACACACUCACUACGAGUCACACCGGUGCACACUCACUACGAGUCACACCACUACACACUCACUACGAGUCACACCACUACACACUCAGUACGAGUCACACCACUACACACUCACUAUGAGUCACACCGCCACACACUCAGUACGAGUCACACCACUACACACUCACUACGAGUCACACCACUACACACUCACUAUGAGUCACACCGCCACACACUCA